AUGAUUGAGACCUUCCUCAAGGAGACUUUUCCGGGGGUGACUCCGACCUCGACUGUGGCGCCCAUCCCCACCGUCGUCCCAGGCAAUGAGCCCAUUUUCCAGGAGAUCCACGAUACUGGCAAACGCACAUUAUGGGUCGUCACCGUGCUCAUGGCCCUGUCUUCCCUGGUGUUCUACGUUCUGGGAGCUCGUGUACCACUGAGCAAGCGCGUCUUCCACACCCUCGUCUCCCUCUCCGCCACCAUCUCCUUCAUCAUCUACCUCGCCCUCGCCACCGGCGGCGGCAUCACCUGGAAAGUCGACACCGUCAAGCUGCACAACAAGCAUGUGCCCAACACGCACCAGGACUACUUCCGCCAGGUGCUGUGGCUGCGCUACGUGCUGUGGUUCCUGACCGAGCCGCUCAGCCUGAUCAGCUUGAGUCUGCUGUCCGGUCUUCCCGGGGCUCACCUGCUGGUGGCCAUCGCCGCCGACUUCGUCAUGCUGGGCUCCGGUCUGCUGGGCACCUUCGCCGGCCACACCUCGCGCCGCUGGGUCUGGUUCACCAUCAGUGCCAUCGGAUACCUGACGACCGUGUACCACAUCAGCGUGAACGGGGCCCGCGCCGCCAGCAACAAGGAUAACCAGACCCGCAAGUUCUUCGGAACCAUCUCCGGCGUGACUCUGCUGGUGAAGGUUUUGUUCCCUGUCACCAUCGCCGCGGGCGCUUUGGCUCUGAAGAUCAACGUCGACGUGGAGACUAUCCUGUUUGCCAUCUACGAUAUCUUCUCCCAGGGAUUGAUCGGAUACUGGCUGAUCAUUGCGCACGACAGUGCUCCGGGAAUCACCCUUAACGUGGACGGCUUCUGGUCCAACGGCAUCGGCAAUGAGGGCGCCAUCCGUAUCGGUGAGGAUAACGGAGCUUAA